AUGGCCCCCAACAACCCACUGACAACAUGGGGGAAUGACAAGACAAUGAACCUCAACACACUCAUCCUCACAAACAUUCAGUCCUCUCCUUAUUUCAAGGUGCAGCUCUUUGAACUGAAGACAUUUCAUGAAGUGGUAGAUGAAAUAUAUUACAAGGUGGAACAUUUGGAACCAUGGGAAAAGGGUAGUAGAAAGACAGCAGGGCAGACAGGCAUGUGUGGAGGGGUGCGCGGUGUGGGUGCUGGAGGGAUUGUCUCAAGUGCAUAUUGUCUCCUGUACAAACUGUUUACCCUCAAACUGACUAAGAAACAAGUGAACAACCUGAUAAACCACAAGGACUCUCCCUACAUUCGAGGCUUGGGUUUCAUGUAUAUCAGAUACACACAGCAGCCCUCAGACUUGUGGGAUUGGUAUGAAGCUUUCUUGGAUGAUGAAGAGGAGCUGGAUGUAAAAGCCGGAGGUGGUCAUGUGAUGACAGUGGGAGAGAUGCUGCGGCAGUGGCUGGUGAAGUUGGAAUGGUACUCAACGUUAUUUCCUCGCAUACCAGUGCCUAUCCAGAAAGACAUUGAUGUUAAAUUGAGGUCAAGACCAUUCACUUCUGGUUACCAAGGUUAUGGCACUCAGGCAGUGACUCAAGAACCGGAACACAUCCCUGAUGACCAGGUCUCGUUUGGAGAAGCUGAAAAAGUGGCGAUGUCACAGAGAGGCAGAGGAGGUGGUGGUGGAUACUCUAGAGAUGGAUACCGAACAGGCGGUAGUUCACACCAUAGUCCCCCAAGGCGGCGAUCACCUCAGAAGUCUCCACCAAGACGCAGCUCCCCACCCAGGUCAGAUGAUUUCACAAGAGAAUUGGAACGAGAAAAAGAACGGCAGCGCAGGGAGAGAGAGAAAGAACAUAAACGCAGCAGGCAUGAUAAACGCCGGUCACACUCGAGAGAAAGACGGUCACACUCAAGAGAGAGGCGGUCUCUGGACAAGCAUAGGUCACGUUCACGAUCAAGAGAAAGGAAGAGGUCAGCAUCACCACAUUCCAAGGACAAGCAUCGAUCUCGCAGCAAAGACAGGAAGGAAAGGUCAUCGCCACUGACACAUCAUGAUAAAGAACGUCGUAAGGAUGUGAAGAAAAGCCACAAAAGUAAAGGAAAACAUAAAGAAAAAGACCGGGAAAGACGGCACUAG